GACAGCUGCAGUGCGCCGGCGGAGCGGGUCCCGGACUGGGAAGAGAGUGGCGGCGGCGGUAGGAGCGCGGCGGCAGCCCUGGGGGGUUCCCGUCCCUCACCUGUCGGUGCGGCGGGGCGAACAACUUGGUGGCGCAUGACUCCACCAGACAGGGCAGACGACAACCUCUUACCUCAAUAACCGGUGGAGAGGCGGCGGUCAUCGGCUGCCAUGCGUGCUUCUGGCGCGCUGCAUUGUGGGGCCGUGACCGGGGGUGGGGGAACAACAAAAAUGGCCAACCAAGAAGAAGCAGAGAUACAAAUUUCAGAGUUAGAUUUACUGUCUAGCAUGUUUCCUUAUGAGGAAGAGUUUGCUGUCACAGACCAACUGGCUCUAGCUGAACUGAAACACUAUGUUGAAAAUGAGUCUGCAGAGGUGCCAUCUUCAAAAGUUCAGUUUAUACUGAAUGUAAAGAAGGAGAUGCCUAAUGCCUCUACGGUGGAAUUCUCUAUGGCCUGUGCUUUACCAUUUAAAUAUCCAACUGUUCUCCCAGAAAUUACUGUGAGGUCAUCAUUUUUAAGCCGCUCUCAGCAGAUUCUCCUAAACUCUGAUCUAAAAACAUACUUGAUGCAAAACUUCAGUGGCGAGCCCUGCAUGCUGAGUGCGAGGGAAUGGGUGAAAGACCAUGCAGCUGGUUACAUUGACAAAGAUCUUUCAUCCUUCCCAAUGACAGCCUCAGAUGCCACAAAGCCAGAAGUCACCAUCUUCACUCGAUUGUGGAUCUACAGUCAUCACAUUUACAACAAGCAAAAAAGAAAAAAUAUUAUUGACUGGGCCAAGGAACUCUCUCUGUCAGGGUUUUGCAUGCCAGGGAAACCAGGUGUUGUUUGUGUAGAAGGUUUACAAAGUAGUUGUGAAGAGUUCUGGUCAAGGAUAAGAAGACUAACAUGGAAAAGAAUCCUUAUUCGGCACAGAGAAGAUGUUUCUUUGGAAGGUGGAGGACAUGCUGAGAUCCAGAAGCAACGGAAGUUCCCCACUUUGGAAGAAAAAUGUUUUGAUGCACAUGGUGCUCGGGGAAAUCAUAUGGACUUGGGGCAACUAUAUAAUUUUUUAGAAGAAAAAGGAUGUGCUGACAUAUUUCAAAUGUACUUUGGGGUUGAAGGGCAUUCAAAGAGUUGAAGAUCAGCAGAGACCCCAGCAGCUACAUUUCUAAUGUAAUCUUAACAGAUUCCUUAGCUUUUCUGCAACAGUUGAUCAGAGAGGGAAUUAAUAAUUCAUGAUUCAUGUGAUGAAUCCAGUUUUCAAUAUAAACAAAUAUCCAGCGAAAUCCUAAAUAAUGAAAAUGACUAUAUGAAUCCUUUAUGCACUUUCUGGUGUUAAGAAGAUUUAGGAUACAUACCUACUCAAAAUGAAAGAAAAUGUGUUUGAAAACCUACUGGACAGUUGCAGAAUUGUAGAUGGAUGAACAGAUGGAAUAUGGUGAAUGAAUAUACAAAUAAGAAAAGACAAAAUUGCAGUGUGGGUCUCUCAGGAGUGAGAACACAAUGUUUACAUUAAUUGUUACUGUUUACAGUUACUUCAUGAAAACUUCUUUUCUAAACAAUCUUCUACUUUCAACCUGAAAGUUUAGUAAGCCAUGAGAUCAUUAUUUUAUUUAAAAAAAAAAGAACAAAGGGAGGGAGCAAGUUUACAAGAGUCUUACUCGUGCUACCAAGAUGAGUUAGGAUGCCUGCUGUAAGGCAUAAGAAUUUUCUGUAGCUAAAAGUGUGUGUGCAGGUAAGACAUGGUGCUUCCACUCCAUCUGUUAUUUUGGUUUGUGUAAAAGCAGCAGUGUACCAAGGAUCAGGUUCCCUUAUAGCAUGCUCAAAAACUCUGAAACGAUCCUCAGCCUUCUGAGUUCCCAAGUUUUCGGUCCUGUAAUAUGAAGUGCAUUAUGUUGCAUGUGUUUUCGAGUGGGAUUUCGACAAAGUUGUAUCAAUGAAUGCUAAUUUUGCAGAUACUGUAUAUAAAUCCCAUGGUAGAAAAAACAGACAUUGGUUUCUUUUGAUUAAAUAUUUUUAUUAAAUAUUGAUUAAAUGUUUCUGUACACAUCCUGUAAAAUCGCUGACUUUCAUCGCUAACUCUGGUACGGACUUGCACACCUCUUGUAGGAAUACUUCACAGCGAUACCAUUCGACAAGCGUGGGUGAAACUUUCCCAAAU